AUGGCGCAGGACUUCUUGAAGGAGCUCAUCUCCCCAGGGCAGAAGUCCAAUAUCAGCUUUGAGGAGUCGCUACUAUGGAAAUAUUCAGAACUUGCCCGUCUUUCCUACAAAGAUGGUGAUAUCCCUGGGUACGAAGAGUUGGUCGUCGAUGAACAUGACAGGAUCAUCGGCAAGAGAGAUGGGCAGGAAGUAUGGCUGGGCUUCCGCGGUUCUGGCGCGGACAGCGCGCACUGGCUUGGCAAGACAGGAAACUUGCACGCCUUGCCCAACAAUGAUUCGAUCUGCCGUGGCUUUGCCAAUGCAAUGCAGAAGUUCCAUGACGGCCUCAAAUCAUGGUGUCAAGGGUCCAGGAUUAUCCACCUGACUGGUCACUCUCGCGGUGGAGCUUUUGCAACUUUGGCUGGUUGGCUGUUGGCCAACGACUUCCGAGAUGCAGAGGUGAAUGUCGUUGUCUUCGGCUGCCCUCGAGUUGGGACAUCCACGUUUGCCGAGAAGUUCAGAAACCGAAAGAACCUGCGGUGGGCUGGUUUCCAGCAUGCCGGAGACCAUGUGGGAAAGUUGCCACCUUGGGGUGAACAUAUUCAUUUGCCUGCAGAUCCGUUCACCGACUUUCAGACAGAUUCAUCGUCUUUGCUCCAAAGAAUUCCAGCAGUUGGCAACGCCUUGAAUGUCUUGUGGUGCAAUUUCAUCCUUCGCACUGGGGCCCCUGAUGUCGAUGAGAUCAUCCGCACCAUCACCAACCAACAGCAGAAGGCCAUGCUCACGAUUGGUGUCCAAGCAGUGAAACAACAGGUCGGAGAGCAAGUGAGGCAAGCAGCCGAUGAACUCAAGAGGCUAUUGAGUGCUGAUCGCUUGAAAGAAAUUGUCUCGGAUGCGCUGAUCAAGCAGUUUGUUAUCCAGCUUGCAGGCACCACCCGCUAUUUGGCCAACAUGUACACCACAGACUUGGAAGGAAUGAAGUCGAACGUGCACGAUUUGGAGAAGAAUUUGCACGUCCUUGUCGAGCAGCUUGCACAUGUACCUCAAGACUCAACAGACAUGCUGAAGUUGCUCCUGGAGGCCUUCUUCAAGGGUGGCUUCAUCUUGACGAUGUGCAGGAUGAAAUUGGACGACAGGCCCCAUGACUUGAAGGAAAGAUUCAUGGGGUUGGUCAAAGAUGUAGAUAAGUAUCUCUGGAGACUGGCGCACAACCUUCAAGAUGCAGAUGCCUUCUAUACGUCCCUACCGAGCUUGGUGCAACUGGAAGCUGCUUUUGCAGCACACCUCGACAACAGGGAGCCCUUGUUUGUCACCGACGAAAUUCAAGAUGAGCUUUUGCCGCACUAUCGUAAGCCAACGAAAAUUCAACAAGAGAUAAGAAAAUUCAAGAAAGAGUUUGCAAACCAGGUUGCCUCAGAGGGCCCAGGAGGUGUAGCAAAGCUUUUGUCAUCAGACGGCUUGGGUGAGAACUUUGUUCGCCUUCUAGAAGCUAUCCUCGAGGACGUUGCCCUUGAUUCCGAGCCCUUGAAGCCAUGUCAUGAAGAGGUGAAGAUAUUGAAGCAGAGGAUGGAUGAUAUGCUGUUGCCAGAGGUGGUCCUCACUGGACCUACCAAGGCAGGAAAAAGUUCAUUGGCCAAUGCUCUCUUGGGUAAGGAGGUUGCAAGCACCUCAGCGGCCCCUGAUUCGUUCCUUCCGAUCCGCUUCAUCCCUCAAGGAGGCAAGAAAUUCCAUGUCGAGCUUCGUGGUGAGGGCUUAAGAGAUCAUCCAGACUUGUUCAAGGAUAAGGUUGAUGAAGAGUUGAAAGCUGUGCUGGAGGCCAGAGAGGUGAACACAGCUGAAGAAGUUCAUGAAGCCAUCGAAAAGAUGAACAAAGGCCUCCGGAAUUUUCUGGACUCCAAAAUCUUCGUCCAAAAGUUUUCGGAGGAAGAGACACAUGUCCUUUCACAAUAUCUUUGCGCCGGGUGGUCGGUUGAUAUCAAGAUUCCUGUUCGCAGCCCAGAAGCGUUGCCGGUGAUCCUCGUCGACCUUCCAGGUAAGACUGAAGGAGGACUCAUUGGAGAGUUCAUCAAGACUAUGGUGAGAGGAAGUUGCAUCCGAGCCUCUACGGCUUUGUUGGUGCUGGGCUGGGAAAACCUUGCAGAGCUUGACCGUGAUGGAGCUGAUCCCACGCAGCGCUUCUUUGGCGGAGCUUCAAAUUUCAGCGGCUACUACAUGGUCAUCACGAAGGUCUUUGAGAAGGACACUUUCGAUCAAAUCAACCAAACAGUUCGCAGGAAAGCUGCCCAGCUCAAACCAGAGCCUCUCGGGAUUCGCUUCAUCAACAGCUACCUCUUGAGAGCUCAUGCUGCAUCCCUCGCUGGCUCUCUGCCCGUGAAUUUCCCAAGUGUGGAAACUGACGCCAGUGAUGAAGAGAGGUGCAGGUGUGAAGGUGAGCAGCACCGAUGCCAAAUCAUUUUCCGUGGUGUUGAGAACAGGCUCAUGCAAAAGAAGGACCAAAAAAAAUUCAACGGAAAAGAUUUAGAGGAAGAAUUGAAGGAGAAGCUGGAUGAGUUCCCAGAGACUGCUACCUUUACUUCUGAGCUCUAUAGCUCUGUUGACCAGCGCUUCCCGGAACUUUUCUUGGGGCCACAUUUGGAAAGGAUGCAAAGGCACAUCAAACGCCUGGUAGAUGAGAUUUGCCACCAUGUUGAGAUCUGCUUGGGAAGUGAGCGUCAGAGGCAAGCAAACAUUGAUGCAUGCCGCAAGCUACUGGGCAAUUUGGAUGUAGAAUUCAUGGAGCCAGUGAAAAAGAAAGCCUGGCUGGAGAUCCAGGGCAAGAUUGAAGAGAUGGCAGAAUUUGAUGAAUUUGAUUCGACUCGCAGCCACGAAGAGACGGAAGAAUUUCACAACCGUGUGUGUGAAACCUUCGGCCCAGAGGUUGCUGAUUGGCGCCGCCGAAACGCUUUCUGGUAUGCAAGGCAUUUGUAUGCAAGGCGUUUUGUUGAUCAGAUCAAAUCUUCGGCCGAGAGAGAGAGCACCAGGGCCUAUGAACAGAUCCUGUGUCAAGAAUUGGCAGAAAAAACUCAUGCAAUAGGUCCAAGCCCAAGAGACGUUGAGAUUGACUAUGAGUUUUUCUGGAGCAUGAGCAAGGUGGCUGGUCCUCCCAUUUAUUAUUCAGCCCUUCUGGGUGCGUUUGUCAUGUGUGGCGUGAUUGCGGGUGCACCUGCAGCUUCCGUGAUUGGUUUUGCCAAGGCUGUGCUCUCUGCUCGUAUCUACAGUGUAAUGUCGCAGCAUUCGCAUUACCACAGCUUUAAAGCAGACAAAAGCCUGAGACUGGAAGUGCUUCAGGCGCACGCAGACCAGAACCUGAGCAUCUUGAGCGAAGCCUCGAAGGGUUGGGUCCAAAAGACGCUGGAGAGGCGGCUGAGGAUGCUAGAGAAGCAGCUGGAUGCAAGUGAUGUGCCACAUCUAGAGGAGAAACUUCAGAAGAACCUCCAAGCCUUGGCCAACCUGCAGGAGAUCUCUGUCUGGGUGAAGGAAGAGGUGAAGCAAAGAACAUCUCCUUCAGAAGAUGCAGGUGGGGUGGCUCUCUCUGGUUUCAUUUUGGACUGUGAGGGUGCCUUUUGUGAUGACGUUUGUUUUGUGUUUGGCAAUUUGACGUUGGUGAUUGGACGCAGGUGUGGGCGGCGAAGAGGCGAGAUUGUUCUGAGAAAUUCCUAG